GGCGCGGCGCGCGCGGCGGCGGGCGCGCGGGAUGCGGGCGGCGCGAGCGCAUGGCAGGUGGCGGGAAGCGGAGGCCGCGCGGCGCGGCGGGAGCGGCCGGAGAGCAGAGUGAAAAAAAUGGAGCUGUCAAGAAGAGAAGAUCAAAUCAGGCAGAUAAUCCUGAUAGCCUUUGCCAAGAAGCAGAAACAUGCUAUCGGCUUAGACUGCCUGAGGACUUCUACCAGUUUUGGAAGUUUUGUGAGGAACUAGAUCCUGAGAAACCAAGUGAUGCACUUGUGUCAAGUGUUGGACUUAAGCUGGUUGGACCAUAUGAUAUUAUUGCUGGAAAACACAAAAAAGCAAAAUCAACAGAUGUGAACUUCAAUCUUCAUUGGAGAUUCUUCUAUGAUCCCCCAGAAUUUCAGACUAUACUUGUUGGGGAUAGCAGAACACAGUAUCACAUGGGAUAUUUCAGGGAUGUGCCAGAUGAGCUCCCAGUGUGGGUUGGUGCAAAUGAAGCUAAGAAGGGUUGUGUGAUUUCUCAAGUUGGUGAUAAUGUCUUUGCUGCAGUCAAAUUAUUUUUGUCAAAAAAACUUAAGGAAGUGACUGAUAAAAAGAAAAAUGCUGUAUUGAAAGACAUAGAUGAAAAGCUAACAAGAACAGCAAAAGAACUGGGUUAUUCUCUGGAACAAAAAACCCUGAAGAUGAAACAGAGAGAUAAGAAAGUGGUGACCAAAGCAUUUCAUGGAGCAGGCCUAGUUGUUCCUGUAGACAAAAAUGAUGUUGGAUACAGAGAACUUCCUGAAACAAAUGCUAAUCUUAAAAAAAUUUGCAAGGCCAUUGUUGAUGCUCCAACUGAUGAGGAGAGAGUGAAGGCGUUUGCACCCAUCCAAGAAAUGCUGACCUUUGUUCAGUUUGCUAAUGAUGAAUGUGACUAUGGAAUGGGGUACGAGCUGGGCAUGGACCUGUUUUGCUAUGGAUCACAUUACUUCCACAAGACAGUGGGCCAGUUGCUACCCUUGGCUUACUCCCUGCUGAAGAGGAACCUCUUUGCCGAAAUCAUCGAGCAGCACCUGGCCAACCGGCGGGAGGAGGACCUGGAUCAGCUGGCGCCCUGAGCCGGGCCCGGGGGCUGCAGCUGGAGGGCGGCCCUGCGCGCCCGGGACCGGGCUUGUCUUUGUGUGUGUGUCUGUGGCUCUUUUUGUACUCGGUGGCGGUGUCCCCUGCGCUCAGUAAAGCUUUUCUAAGGAA